UAACGACAAUAUACUUAAAUAGCGUACAAUAUAUUUUUAAUAAGAGCUGAUUUUAAAAUACAAAUCAAUAUUUAAGGAGUUUUAAGAGAUUCAUAUCAAGUGAAGCCUUAAGACGUGUAAUCGUAGCAAGGUGCCAAAGAGAGUUGUAUAAGCUUGGUACUGUAAGAUGUCUCACGGGGUGGUGCAGAAGAGUGAGAAGAAUGGCAACGGUGCGCACGCGCCGGACUCGCCACGAGACAGCACGGACAGUCCCCCGCCGCCUCCUGAUGGGGGGUGGGGAUGGAUGGUGGUCUUCGCGUCUUUCAUGAUCCACAUUGUCACCGAUGGCAUGACCUAUUCGUUCGGCGUGUUUUAUGCCGAGUUCCUGACCUACUUCGAUGAGGGCAAAGGCAAGACAGCGUGGAUCGUUUCUAUCCUCGUGGGCGUCACACUAAGUUCGGGGCCCAUAUCAAGUUCGUUCGUGAACCGGUGGGGAUGUCGCGCAGUGACGGUAGCUGGGGCGCUGCUUGCCUCCACCUGCGUCGUCCUUUCGGCCUUCGCGAACAACGUGCUCACGCUCAUCUUCACCAUCGGGGUCGGCACGGGAUUCGGCUUCGGUCUCAUCUACCUUCCCGCCAUCGUCAGUGUCACAGUAUGGUUCGAACGCUACAGAAGUCUUGCUACUGGUAUUGCAGUCUGUGGUUCCGGACUUGGAACAUUUUUAUUUGCACCAAUCACAUCGGCUUUAAUAGAGAACUACGGGUGGCGCGGUGCUAUGGCCAUCAUCGGUGCCUUAAUAUUAAAUUGUGUGCCACUAGGCCUCAUUUUCAAACCUGUUCCCGAACCCCCCAGGACUCCAGCAUCGGAACCCAUGCUACCCAAACAACCAAAGUCUCCACUAAAAAGAUCUCAAAGUACAGAACAUGUCCUCAGAGCGAAUGGAAAAGUUGAUGACAAUGAUAUUGCGAGACUGACUCUAUCCCAGCCUGCUUUAAACAAACCACAUGAACAGAAGCCUCCGCCCUCGCGGCACGGUAGUGGUAUCAUGCAGAGGCCCGACGUUCUAUAUCAAGGCAGUAUGACCAGUCUCGCUAGGUUUAGAUCAACGUCUCCUGAAAGAACAUUUACUACCGUUACAAAAGAAGAACCAGAGGUCAAAUGCGGAUGGUUGCCAUGCUCAACAGAAUUUAAAGCCGCACUAGGAGAAAUGCUUGACGUAUCGCUGCUCGUGGAUCCAAUAUUCAUUUUAUUCGCUAUAUCAAACUUUUUAACAAGUAUUGGUUUUUACAUACCGUACGUUUACACUGUACCAAUGAGCGAAUCACUUGGAGUCGAGAAUCCACCUUACCUGAUUUCCAUAAUCGGGGGAUCUAACUUGGUGGGCAGAAUAAUUCUCGGUUACAUAAGUGAUAAGCCGUGGGUACGGCAAUGGCCAUGGCGUGCUGGGAAUUUUGGGGUCUUGCUUUAUAUGCUACGACGUUUGGGUUUACUAUCGGCGCCUACGUAGGACUGACCUCAGUUGUGCUUGUGGACUUACUAGGCAUCGAAAAGCUUACAAACGCAUUUGGUCUUCUUCUUUUAUUCCAAGGAAUUGCCUCCCUAAUCGGGCCACCAUUUGCAGGGUGGCUGUUUGAUACGCUCCAUUCGUACGCGCCGGGCUUUUACGUGGCUGGUGGCACAAUAUCACUGAGUGGGCUGAUAUUGUUCUUUAUCCCGGUGAUCGAAAGGCGCCAGCAGAGGCGGUGGGAGGAGAGCACGGCGCUGGAGCAGAUAUAGCAGGACGCGCGCGCCUGCCCGGCCAUCGUGCUGUGCAGCCCCUCCACGCGCAGUGCGAGCUCGGCCUGCGCCAGCUCCUCCAGCUCCUCCUACACCAACAGGGUAUACAACACUACAAUAAUAGGUGACAAAAAUAAUUAUUAUGUAAAUGAUGAAGAUUAUGACUUUGUAAAUAUCGAUGCGAUGGAUGAAUGCGACGAACGUUUCGGUAUCGACUAUCGAACCCAUUCCAGAGGAAGUGUUGUGUGUGUGCGUGAUUUGUGAAUACGUAGUUAAUAAGAAAAAAAGGUGC